AUGCGGUCUAGGAUGGUACUGACGAGGGAUUCGGUGACAGUAGCGGUAGAUGCCGUCGUGUACUACAGAAUCAAGGAACCCCUGAAUGCAGUAGUGCGAGUGGCAGACUAUAGUGCAUCCACCAGACUUCUGGCUGCGACGACUCUUCGGAACGUGCUGGGCAUGCGAGACCUGGCGCAGCUGUUGUCGGAUCGCGAGGCCAUCAGCCACAUGAUGCAAGCCAACUUGGAUGAGGCCACUGACCCGUGGGGAGUUGAAGUCGAAAGAGUUGAGAUAAAAGAUGUCCGGCUACCAGUUCAACUUCAAAGGGCCAUGGCAGCUGAGGCCGAGGCCGACCGCGAGGCCCGUGCCAAGAUCAUAGCAGCUGAAGGAGAGAUCAAGGCUUCAAAGGCCUUAAGAGAAGCAUCUCUGGUCAUGAUUGACAACCCUAUGGCUUUGCAGUUACGUUACCUACAGUCGCUCAACACGAUAUCAGCUGAGAAGAACUCCACCAUAAUAUUUCCGUUUCCGAUGGACUUCCUCAAGACUUUCCUGGGCGGCGGCGCCGGCCCAAGCUCCUCGCAUGCUUUACCUAUUUAA